AUGAAUGGUGCGUCGUCCCCGUCGCCUCGAGCUUGCUUCGUGGGAUCGCCAGCUCACUCGAUGGUUCGCAUUGACGCCAAGCGUCGCCCGCGAGCCACGGUUGGCCAGGCUUUGCCGUCGUACGAGUACGGCCGACGGACUACCCUCGUACGGGGGUGGAUGGAUGGAUGGGUGACGGACAUCCUCUCGACCGCCCUCUCCGCCCUCGCCGCCCUCGCCGCCCUCGCCGCCGUCGAUGCUUCCUCCCACGGGCCACGGCCGCAGGUCGCAGCGCCUGCCCACGGCGCACCCGAUUCGUCCUGGGCCUGUUCUGUCCCCGUCGUGGAGAAGCUAACUGUCAAGGCGGUUGGCGAUAAGGUUUGA